AGACUUUUCCCGUUCAAGUGUUUUCCAAGACUCAUUCAGUCUACCAGGUAACAAGGAACCAGAUUGAUUGUUGAGAAGAAAAGAAUCAUCAAAUCUAUCUUAACCUUAGUUAUCCGUGAUCUUUACUUCAUCUUCACAUUUUCAUCACCUAAUCUUCCUUUUUCUACUCCGUUCUCUUAAUUGUUGUCUUCUUGACUAACUGUUUUUCAGCUAAAUUUGCUUCCAAUAUUCCAUUUUUUGAUAAUCUCUUCUUGCCUCUCUUUCUGUUCUUCACCCUUUACCUGACAUUUGUCUACUAAUUAACCAAACCCUUCUUUGUGAUCUAUUUUAACCGACUAAAGACUGUGAUUCAAAAUGCGAGAAUGUAUCAGUGUCCAUGUCGGCCAAGCUGGAGUCCAAAUGGGCAAUGCCUGUUGGGAGCUUUACUGUCUUGAACAUGGUAUUCAACCCGACGGUCAAAUGCCUAGUGAUAAAACCGUUGGUGCCGGUGAUGAUUCAUUCAACACUUUUUUCAGUGAAACUUCUGCAGGGAAACAUGUCCCAAGAGCUGUUUUCAUCGAUCUCGAACCCACUGUAGUUGAUGAAGUUCGUACUGGAACUUAUCGUCAACUAUUUCAUCCUGAACAAUUAAUUACUGGCAAGGAAGAUGCUGCUAACAACUAUGCUCGUGGUCAUUACACCAUUGGUAAAGAAAUUGUUGAUGUUGUACUGGACAAAAUUAGGAAAUUAUCUGAACAAGCCACUGGCCUUCAAGGAUUCCUGAUAUUCCAUAGUUUCGGCGGUGGAACCGGCUCAGGAUUUACUAGUCUGCUCAUGGAAAGAUUAUCCGUUGAUUAUGGUAAAAAGAGUAAAUUGGAGUUUAGCAUUUAUCCAGCUCCACAAGUAUCCACAGCUGUGGUUGAACCUUACAACUCGGUUUUGACUACUCACACCACCUUGGAACACUCAGAUUGUGCCUUCAUGGUGGACAAUGAAGCUAUUUACGAUAUUUGUCGACGAAACUUGGACAUUGAUCGUCCAACCUACACCAAUCUCAACCGUCUCAUAGGUCAAAUUGUAUCUUCAAUCACGGCUUCCCUUCGUUUUGAUGGUGCUCUCAAUGUUGACCUUACCGAAUUCCAGACCAACCUUGUACCUUACCCUCGAAUCCAUUUUCCCCUGGCAACUUAUGCUCCGGUUAUUUCAGCUGAGAAGGCUUAUCAUGAACAGUUGACUGUCGGUGAAAUUACCAAUUCCUGUUUUGAACCACAAAAUCAAAUGGUCAAGUGUGACCCUCGACAUGGCAAAUACAUGGCAGUUUGCCUGCUCUACCGGGGUGACGUUGUUCCCAAGGAUGUUAAUGCUGCAAUUGCUGCCAUUAAAACCAAAAGAUCAAUCCAAUUUGUUGAUUGGUGUCCCACUGGAUUCAAGGUUGGAAUCAACUAUCAACCACCAACCGUUGUACCCGGCGGUGAUUUGGCCAAAGUUCAACGAGCUGUUUGCAUGCUGUCUAAUACAACGGCCAUUGCUGAGGCUUGGGCUCGACUGGAUCACAAGUUUGACCUGAUGUACGCCAAACGUGCCUUUGUUCACUGGUAUGUGGGUGAAGGUAUGGAGGAGGGUGAAUUUUCUGAGGCCAGAGAAGAUUUAGCUGCACUCGAAAAGGAUUACGAAGAAGUUGGUCUUGAAUCAACGGAUGGUGAUGGUGAUGAUGAUACUCAUGAAUAUUAAACAAAGGAAAAGCUAAAAACAUAAAAAUGACGAAAAAGAAGGAAUAUCAAGACAUUGAAUAGGAAAGUCAACAUUAAAAGUCGGACAAUUUCAAUUUUACUGCAUUUCACGUCAAAUUGGCUUAUUAAGAUUACCAAAAAAUAUACACCAAGACGCAAACCUUUAGUUAAAAGCUGACAUAGACACCAGAAAAAAAGUCAUAAAUUGUGUGCAGAAUAAUAACAAUUAAAUUGUCAGUCCGGAUCAGAUGCUAACAAUGUUAAUUAGAUUAAUUUAACUCUUUUCUAACCUCGACUCAUCAUUCUGCCAUUUUAUGUACUCAUCUCUACUUACCUUUCUGGUUCCACAUUCAAUUGGUACAUUGAAUUGCCUUCCUAACCAACUUUUGCCUUUUUCAUGUUUUAUUAACUUAACCUGGUUCUAAAUGCUAAACUAAUCAGUAUCAUUUAAUAUCACUCUCUUAUUAGUCUUCAAGCUGGAAAAUUCUGACGAUAACUCUUUUAAAGAUGACAAUUUUGAAACAUUUUAAAUACUACAUUACAUUGAUAUGGCUUAUUAUUAUUGCACUCAACACGGACGCUCCACCGAAUCCUCAUCAUCAAAAUUUGAGCCGAUUAAAGACUUGCAAUCAUUUUAUUAAUAUUACCAACCAACCAAACAAAAUGUUAUCCUCUCAUCUUUCACAAAUCUUGACAAUAUUGAAUAUAUUAUUAACUUUUUUCUUUAAACAUUUUU